AUCAGCUGUGUCCAAUCACAGCUGAUCACUGAUCAUCAGGGCAUUGAUUAUGAUCAGUGUGCCCUGAUGAUCAGUGUGGCCCCAUCAGUGCCACCUGUCAGUGCCAGUUCCCAUCAGUGCCAGUGCCCAUCAGUGCCACAUCAAUACCACAAAUCAGUGCAUACAUCAAUGCACAUCAAUGCCACAUAUCAGUGCCCACCUAAGCUGCGUAUCAGUGCCCAUCAGUGAUGCCUGUCAAUGCCCAUCAGUGCA